UGUGUAUGAGGCACACACAGCAUGAGAGAGAGAGAGAGAGAGAUGACACAUAGACUGAGCAUGGCACUGGUCAGAUCUGCCUAAAGCUUUGAAGGUUUGAAUAAGCAAGAGGGGAGUCACAAAUGAGUUGAGAGGCUGGGAGAAUUUUCUUUCCUGCAGCAAGGGAGGAACUCUGGCAAGGUGGAUCCACAUCAGUGAAGGAUUAUACAGGACCACAGGAGAAUCUCUUUUGGCCUAAGACACAUUCUCAUCCUCCAGUUCUUCCUCUAGCAGCUAUGGAGUUCAGCAACAAUACUGCCAAUGGCUCUGCCAUCGAGGAUUGUGACUACCCCGAAUGGAACUCCACCAAGGUCCUCAUUCCCUCCAUCUACUUGCUCGUUUUCUUCCUGGGCACCACUGGCAAUGGGCUGGUGCUGUGGACCAUUUUCCGGGGAGGCCAGGAGAAACGACGAUCAGCGGAUACAUUUAUUGCUAAUCUGGCAGUGGCUGACCUGACCUUCGUGGUCACCUUGCCACUGUGGGCUACUUAUGUCAUCCUGGACUACCACUGGUCCUUUGGCUCUUUUGCCUGCAAACUCAGCAGCUACCUGGUCUUCGUCAACAUGUAUGCCAGUGUCUUCUGCCUCACGGGGCUCAGCUUUGACCGCUACUUGGCCAUUGUCCGUCCCAUAGCCAAUGCCAAACUGAGGUCAAAAGCUAGUGGACUUUUAGUGACCAUUGCUCUUUGGGCCUUGGCAGCCCUUCUGGCCUUGCCAGCCAUGAUCUUCCGGAGGACUGAAAAACUCAGUGAGUCUGACAGAGUGACCUGUUACAUGGAUUACUCGAGUGUGGCAACCAAUGAGACAGAGGUGGCUUGGGAAGCCGGGUUAGGCUUGUCCUCCACCCUUAUGGGCUUUGUGGCCCCUUUUGCCAUCAUGCUGACCUGCUACUUCUACAUUGCCCGUACCAUUGCCGGCCACUUCCGAAAGGAGCGCAGUGAAGGACUGAGGAAGCGGAAGCGCCUGCUGACCAUUAUCAUUGUCCUGGUGGCCACCUUUGCCGCAUGUUGGCUGCCUUUCCACCUGGUGAAAACCAUCUAUAUGCUGAUGGACUGGGAGGUGAUGCCCUUGUCAUGCAGCUUCCAUGUCUUCCUUAGCAAUCUUCAUCCCUACUGCAGCUGCUUGGCUUACAUCAACAGCUGCCUCAAUCCUUUCCUCUAUGCUUUCUUUGACCCCCGCUUCCGACAGGCCUGUGCGGCCGUCCUCUGCUGCUCCACCACAGGAGCUGGUGGAGACAAAUCGGCGAGCUAUUCCUCUGGCCAUAGCCAGAACCACCUGGGGAAAGGAGUGGAGCCACAGCAAGAGAAACAGUGUCCCGACAGCCAGGAGACCCUGCUUCAUGGGUAAACGUGGGAGAUCAUCAGGCAACUAUGAAGGACUUUGGAUAUAAUGAGCCCCUCUUCUUUUGCUUGUUUUGUAUUUCAUCCUAUCUUCCAAUUUUUUCUAUGGCCUUCUGUUUCUAAUGCUAUUUUCUUCCAUUAAA